GUUCUUCACCUAUAAUUUUCCUCUGGUUGCUGUAUAAAUAGCGUCCACUACAGUGUGUAUUAAUAUAGAUAUAAAAGUUCUGGUAAUACUCUUACAAACUAGCAGAACUAAAACUUGUGUCCUUGUUGUAAUGGCGAUAAACCCCACUUUAGGUCACUAUAAUGAGACGAUAGUAAAUUCCAAAGGAGAAGAGCAUGAAAGAUCCCUGGUGAUAUGCUUUGGGGAGAUGCUAAUUGAUUUUGUGCCUACAGUUGGUGGUGUUUCGCUUGCAGAAGCACCUGCUUUUAAGAAGGCCGCUGGCGGUGCUCCUGCUAAUGUCGCUGUUGGGAUAUCAAGGUUGGGAGGUUCUUCGGCUUUUAUAGGAAAGGUUGGGGAGGAUGAAUUUGGAUACAUGUUGGCUGAAAUUUUGAAAGAGAACAAGGUCGAUAAUUCUGGCAUGCGGUUUGACCCUGCUGCUAGGACAGCACUGGCAUUUGUUACCCUUAGGUCGGAUGGAGAGCGAGAAUUUAUGUUUUUCCGUAAUCCCAGUGCAGAUAUGCUUCUUCGCAAAUCAGAACUUGAUAUAAAUCUUAUCAAGAAGGCAACAAUCUUCCAUUAUGGUUCGAUAAGUUUAAUUGAAGAGCCAUGUAGGUCUACUCAGCAUUAUGCAAUGAAAGUUGCAAGAAAAGCAGGUUGCAUUCUCUCUUAUGAUCCAAAUUUGAGAUUGGCUCUAUGGCCGUCAGCAAAUGCUGCUCGGGACGGUAUAAUGAGCAUUUGGGACCAAGCAGAUGUUAUUAAGGUAAGCGAGGAUGAAAUUUCAUUCUUAACUGGAGGGGAGGAUCCUUAUGACGAUAACGUGGUUUUGGGAAAGCUUUACCACUCCAACUUAAAGCUUCUAUUAGUAACUGAAGGAUCUGAGGGUUGCAGAUACUAUACCAAGGAAUUCAAGGGCAGAGUUUCAGGUUUAAAAGUGACACCUGUGGACACAACUGGUGCAGGUGAUGCUUUUGUUGGUGGGAUACUGAGCAUCUUAGCUUCCGACGUAAAUAUGUACAAGGACGAGAAGAAACUCAAAGCAGCUAUCCUUUUUGCAAAUGCAUGCGGCGCCUUAACAGUAACAGAAAAAGGAGCAAUCCAUCACAUCUUAACAAAAGUUGCUGGAUGAGAACUACACUGCAUCAUCAUUCUCGACAUACCGGAUCAAACCAAAUAGCUAUAAUGUAAUCUGGUUGGACUGUUUUGUGUUGGCUGCAAUAUAUACUGGAUCUUCAGUGUUUUUUCUUUUGUUGUAAACCAUGUAUGAUUGGAGUCUAAUAGCAGACGGCUAGAUCCAACAUAUUUCAUAAACUCUAUGCACAAGUGUGUCCACCACACCCCUCUGUUGUGUAGUAUCAGUAUCCUUUUCGUAUAUGAUACAGGAACACCACUUCUUUUCAGUGAAAAAAUUCCCGAAAAACUAAUAGCGAUGAAGUUCUUCAUUUUA